AUCUUCACAGACGCAGCAGCACAUCACGGCGGUACGUCAUUUCCCACAAUGCACCUGGACAGGAAUAAACAGAGAGCCAAGAUGGCGGCGGACAGUGAUCCCGAGUCUGAGGUGUUUGAGAUCACGGACUUCACAACAGCGUCGGAAUGGGAGAGAUUCAUAUCUCGGGUCGAGGAGGUGCUCAACGACUGGAAGCUGAUUGGCUGUCGUGUUGGGAAACCACUGGAGAAGGGAGAACUCACCAGCGGCUCGUGGGACGAGACCACGCAGGAGAUCAACUUCGCUGACUUCAAGUUCUCCAUCACACAUCACUUUCUGAAGCAGGAGUCCGCUGAGAACGAAAGCAGGGACGAGCCAGAGGAAGAAGCGUAUCCGCUGGCCAUGCAGGACCUGCUGUGCAUGAACAACGACUUCCCUCCGCGAGCUCACUGCCUCGUCAGAUGGUUCGGUGUGCGUGAGUUCCUGGUGAUUUGUCCGGGAGCGAACUGUGAAGCUGUGGUCAGCGAGUCCAAGUGUAACCUGCUGCUGAGCUCCGUGUCCAUCGCUCUGGCCAACACGGGCUGUCAGGUGCCGCUGCUGGUGCAGAUCCAGCAGAAGUGGAGGAAGGUGUUUGUGGGUGAGUGUCAGGGGCCCGGGGUCCGCUCAGACUUCGAGAUGGUGCACCUGCGUAAGGCUCCUGGUCAGUACACGCACCUGUCGGGUCUGCUGGACGUCUUCAAGAACAAGAUCGGCUGCCCACUUACACCGCUGCCGCCCAUCAGCAUCUCCAUCCGCUUCACCUUCGUCCUGCAGGACGGUCAGCAGUGCUCUUGGCCACAGCAGCCUCCAGACUUCGAUGCGCUCCUCGCUGGAGAGGUGGGCGGCGUGGAGUUCGGAAAACUUCCCUUCGGAGCGUGUGAAGAUCCCAUCAGCGAACUUCAUCUCGCGACCACCUGGCCGAACCUGACGGAGGGGAUUGUGGUGGAUAACGAUGUUUAUUCCGAUCUGGAUCCUCUUCAGGCUCCUCACUGGUCCGUUCGAGUGCGGAAAGCAGACAAUCCCCAGUGUUUGCUGGGUGAGUUCCUCAUGGAGUUCUUCAAGCUCUGCUGCCGGAAGGAGACCACCGAGGAGAUUCUGGGCAAGAACGCGGUCGAGGACGAAGGGAAAGAGAACAGUGACAUCACUCAAGCGCUGUCCAAGCUGACGGAGCCGGCGUCCGUUCCCAUCCACAAGCUGUCCGUCUCCAGCAUGGUGCACAGCGCGAGGAAACGCAUCCGGCGAAACAGACGUGCCGAGGAGUCGCCGCUCAACACCGACGUGCUCAACUCCAUCCUGCUGUAUCUGUUCCCGGACGCAGCUCAGGAUAAAGCAGACUCGAGCGAAGGCAAAUCCACGCAGGAACCGGCCCGAGAGUCGGAGGAUUACCUUCUCUAUAAUCAGCUGAAGUCGGCUCCGAGCGACAGUCUGACGUACCGUCUGGCCCUGUGCGUCUGUAUGGUCAACUUCCAUCACGGAGGAGUGCGAGCCGUGGCUCACCUGUGGCAGGAGUUUGUGCUGGAGAUGCGCUACCGCUGGGAGAACAACUGCCUGAUCUACGGGCUGGCCAGCGGAGCUCCGGAUCUCAGGUGUUGCCUCCUUCAUCAGAAGCUGCAGAUGCUGAACUGCUGCAUCGAGCGCAAGCGAGCGAGGGAUGAUGGGAGGAAGAGCGGCGCGUCAGAUGGAGCCAGGAGCCGCCUGGGGCCCGAGAGCGCGGGGCCCGCCGAGGUUUCUCCGGGGAAGUCCUGGGACUCGUGGAGCGAUAGCGAGGAGGAGUUCUUCGAGUGUCUGAGCGACACGGAGGAGAUGAAGGAGACUGAGAGCGAGAAAAAGACGGCCAGUAAGAGCAAAGCUGAAGGUCGCCUGCAGCCACACGGCAAACUGACCCUUCUGAACUCCCAGGAGCCGCUCUACAUCCCUGUCACACAGGAGCCUGCGCCCAUGACUGAAGACCUGCUGGAGGAGCAGUCCGAGGUUCUGGCCAAACUGGGCACGUCAGCGGAAGGAGCGCAUCUCCGCGCCCGCAUGCAGAGCGCCUGCCUGCUCUCAGACAUGGAGUCCUUCAAGGCAGCGAAUCCCGGCUGUUGUCUGGAGGAUUUCGUGCGCUGGUAUUCUCCGAGAGAUUACGUGGAGGAGCAGGUGGUGGAUGAAGCGGGGCAGACUGUUAUACGGGGCGACCUGAGCGUCCGCAUGAAGAUCCCGGGGAACAUGUGGGUGGAGGCCUGGGAGACGGCCAAAGCCACUCCGGCCCGCCGACAGAAGAGGCUGUUUGACGACACCAAAGAAGCUGAGAAGGUGCUGCAUUACCUGUCGCAGCAGAAACCGUCGGAUCUGACGCGGCACCUGAUGCCCUGCGUGCUGCACGCCGCUCUGCUCAAGAUCAAGGAGGAAGAGGCGGCUGAAGACAUCGCAUCGGUGCGUAAAGCUCUGCAGCAGGUCACCGCUCACGCCAGCAAACUGCUGCGGCACCCCAGCCCCGACUUCA